AUGUGGGAAGGCAUGGACCAAGCACUGAACGUGCGGCUCGCGUCACAUGGUCGUCAGCCGCAGGUCCCAACGAGCUACCCCUCACGACAGCCGAAGCCGACUUUUCGUGUCGAUAAUAUCCUAAUCAAAGACGCUAAUGAACUAGACCGCAAGCUUAGGUCUUUUGCCGAGCAGGACCCGGACUUGCAGAGAGCUGUUGCUGCCAUAGAGACAAGCGCUUCGUCUGCGCUACCGUUUCUAUUACCACUCCACUAUCUAGGGAGGAUCUAUGCUCCCGGCUGCACCGAACUGGAAAGUGCUUCUCAUAUAGCUAUACUUGCAGAUUCAAUGGAAUCACCUCACUCUACGAGGACGAGAGCGGAGCAGAUGUCGAUCCCUGGCCUAGGAAGCCACGCCCUUGGUUCCUGGAAAUCCACAAACAGCGACGAAGUUUGGCUUCGCGACUUUCUGCCUAAAGACCUCCCCAAUGUCCGAGCACUGCUGUACGGUUAUGAUACAACACUACCGGGCAGCCUAUCGAAACAGUCUAUCGAAAAUCUAGGCGGUGCCUUACUAGAGCAGAUUAAUGCCUUUCGAGCGAAUGAUGGUGUAAGUAAAAAGACACACCUCUGGCCAACGCCAAAAACCCCCUACCAUUUGUUUUUGGUCAGGAGAAUGCUGAAAGUUAUAUUUAACUGCCACCUGAGUGGUUACUAA